CUCUGCACUGUCCCAGCAUGCUGGGGGGGCACAGCAGGCACCCUGCAGACCGAGCUCUGCUCAGCCAGUCCCCCAAAGCUGGGCUCAGCUGUAAAAUGGUGCUUCAGGCAGUCGGCAAAGUGCUCAGGAAGUCCAAGGCGAAGCCCAACGGGAAGAAGCCGGCCGCGGAGGAGAAGAAGGCGUACCUGGACCCGGAGCACGCCAAGUCCCGCAUCACCGACUGCGAGUUCAAGGAGCUGGUGGCGCUGCCCCGGGAGAUCGACCUCAACGAGUGGCUGGCCAGCAACACCACCACGUUCUUCCACCACGUGAACCUGCAGUACAGCACCGUCUCGGAGUUCUGCACCGCGGAGGCCUGCCAGACCAUGGCCGUGUGCAACACACAGUACUACUGGUAUGACGAGAGGGGGAAGAAGGUCAAGUGCACGGCCCCCCAGUACGUGGACUUCGUCAUGAGCUCCGUGCAGAAGCUGGUGACGGACGAGGACGUGUUCCCCACGAAGUACGGCCGAGAGUUCCCCAGCUCCUUCGAGUCCCUGGUGAAGAGGAUCUGCAGGCACCUGUUCCACGUGCUGGCGCACAUCUACUCGUCCCACUUCAAGGAGACCCUGGCCCUCGAGCUGCACGGACACUUGAACACGCUCUACGUCCACUUCAUCCUCUUCGCCAGGGAGUUCAACCUGCUGGACCCCAAAGAGACCGCCGUCAUGGACGACCUCACGGAGGCGCUGUGCAGCGGCGCGGGCCGCGGCGGGGGCGGCGGGGAUGGGGCCGGCGGCGGGGGCCCCGGGGCACAGAACCACGUGAAGGAGAGGUGAGCCGCACCGCCGGACGGGCGUGCAUGUGUGCAGAGACGGCCCGUGCGCCUGCGCGCGCGCGCCCGCCUGCUGGGCGCCCUGGCGGGAGGUCCAAGCGGCGACGCGGCGCGGGCCGGGCCACCUGGGUGUGGGCCCCACACGCCGUCCCUGCCGGACGGGCGGGCGGGCGUCGCUUGUCCGAAGCGCCUGGGACCCCUGCCUUCGCUCAGCGCAGUUCACGGACCGCCGCUCCGCUCCCCCUGCGGGCUCCUCUCUUUGGUCUUCUUGUGCCCGGCCCCGCCUCCCCGGGCGCUCUGCCUGCGUGCGUUCUGAGAGAAAUCGCUCACGCGUGGGUCUGGCUCCUGCUGGGCCCGGGCCCGCUGGUGUCUUCGCGUGUCAGGGCUGGGUCACGUCAGACCCUCCCGUUCCUCCGCCGCCCGGCCAUGCCUGGGUCUUGGCCCUUGGAGGCUGGGCGAGGGGGUGCAGAGAGGCUGGUGGCGCCCUGCAGGGGCCCCGAGCCCACGCCCCCCUUCCCCCUGCCCCCACCGCCUAGGAGGGCGCUCUGGACUGGCGGGGCCUGGGCCGGGGCCGCCUCCUGUGUGCACACGCCGCCGUGGGCAGAGGUGGGGCCCGCGCUCUGCUCGCCUGUUGGGUUGAAUAAAAGGAUUCUCUCAGGUCA